AGUCGGGCAGACACAAACAUCAGCAACGAGAAAAAACACACACAACACUUGGUAUGUUUGGUCGCGAGAAAUUCUAAACCCCGUUCGGAUAUUGUAUAAUACGCAGCGCGUUCGCAAAGAUCCGAUUAAACGCGGGCUUUAAAAGAGUUGGCCUACUUUGGCAGGAAAGGUGCAGCUGUGUGCAGCGGGAAAGUGCCAGACAGAAUGGGACCCAAAAAAGGAAUUUUCAUGACCGUUUAAUCGGAUUCCGACUGGCCGCUAGUGUGUUAGCUCGAGCUUACCCGUUUAUUGAUCGUUCAGCAGUUGCGGAGUAAUAGACGAAGACGCAAACAUACAGCUUAAUUGUGGCGAAACUACGACCAUCGAGAAUGGCACUGAACGGGUUUUUGGAAUUCUUUCAACGGGAGAAAACGUUCCGGCCGAAGAAACGGUUCACCCAGGGCACAAUCCGGUAUUCGCUGCACAAGCAAGCCAACGCCAGCCUCCAGUCAGGUAUCAAUCUAAAGGAGGUGGUAAGGCUUCCGGCGGGAGAGAACAUGAACGAUUGGCUUGCGGAAGCGCACGUCAACACCUGCUAUAAACAUUUCUACUACUUCGUGACCGAGUUCGACCUGAUGUCAGCAAAAGAACUCGAGCCUCUCGCCGUGAUGACGGCGCAAAUGUGCAAAGACUAACCAGUUGCGAUCGUUAGGUUAUAGGUACGGAUCAUAAAAACUGUUUUCGAACAGCUAAGCAAACACGGCUACGAUAAAGACGUCCCAUGCUGAAGUGGUAAGCCGACAAAUAUACAAACAAAUCAAUGUUACGCAAAGCAAACAAACGAGCUGCCAUACUACCCCCACACACAUGGGGGCAGGUGUUGGCAGUGAGCUGGAGUAGAAGCGACACCUCAUAAACACAAAGAAAUAAAGUGCAAACAAGAAGCUGAAAACAUUAAUUGGUAAAGAUUUUAACCGAUUUUAAUAAUAAAAAAAUCAAUGACUGUAAAA